AUGGAUGCGACUACUGCCCCACACCUCAUCCCCCCGGAAAUGCUUCAGUACGGGGAGGACAACCACAUCUUCGAGAUGAUGCAGAACAUGCUGGAGCAGGUCCUGAUCCACCUGCCGAAGGAUCCCAUCACCUUCAUGAUCAACCACCUGCGUCGGAACAAUGACAGCGUGCCGAAGGUCGUGAUAUUAGGUCCGCCCGCCUCAGGGAAAACCACCAUCGCAAUGUGGCUCUGCAAACACCUCAACAGCAUUCUCGUCACCAAGGAGAACUUACUAGAAAAAGAGUUUUCCCAAGUGGCUGAGGAAGCCAAGAAACACUACGAGAUUUACAAGAGGAUUCCCAAUUCGAUGCUCAUCAGCCUGGUCCAGGAGCGUCUGAAUGAGGACGACUGCCUCAGGAGGGGCUGGAUCCUGGAUGGCAUCCCUGAGAGGCGGGAGCAGGCGCUUAUGAUCCAGACUGUGGGACUGGCGCCCAGGCACGUCAUUGUGCUUAACGCUCCAGACACAGUCUUGAUCGAGAGAAACAUGGGGAAGCGGAUUGACCCCAACACUGGAGAGAUCUACCACACCACCUUCGACUGGCCCCCCGAGCCUGAAAUACAGAACCGGCUGAUAGAGCCAGAAGGCAUCUCGGAGAUAGAGACCGCAAAGAGGCUGCUAGAAUACCACAGAAACAUCAUCAGGAUUCUUCCUUCCUACCCCAAAAUCCUGAAAACCAUCAGCGCGGACCAGCCAUGUGUGGACGUUUUCUACCAGGCUCUGACUUACGUCCAAACUGGCCACCGAUGCAAUGCCCCAUUCACCCCCAAGGUGCUGCUAUGUGGGCCGUUGGGCAGUGGGAAGAGCUUGCAGGCGGCCCUCCUGGCCCAGAGAUACAGCCUUGUUGACAUCUCCUGCGGGCAUCUACUGAAGGAAGCUGUGGCGGCCAAGUCAAGCUUCGGGGAGCUCAUCCAGCCGUUCUUUGAAAAGAGGAUGACAGUGCCAGACAGUAUCAUCACCAAGGCUCUGGCUGAACGUCUGAGCCAGCAAGACUGCAUCCAGAAAGGGUGGGUGCUGCACGGCUUCCCAAGAGACCUGGACCAGGCACGGAUGCUGACCUCUAUGGGCUACAAUCCCAACAGGGUGUUCUUCCUGAAUGUGCCAUUGGAUUCCAUCCUGGAGCGAAUGACGCUGAGAAGGACUGACCCUGUCACAGGAGAAAGGUUCCAUCUCAUGUACAAGCCUCCCCCCACCAUCGAGGUCCAGGCCCGUCUCCUGCAGAACCCCAGGGACUCAGAGGAACACAUCAGGCUCCAAACAGACCUCUUCUACAGGAACUGCGGCGACCUGGAGCAGUACUACGAGCAGGCCAUCACUGUCAAUGGGGACCAGGACCCAUACACAGUCUUCGAGUACAUAGAGAGCGGGAUCAUCAAUCCUCUGCCCAAGAAAGUGACCUGAUGCGUGCAGAGCCAGGAGCAAGCCCUGGAGACCCUAGAAUCCCCAGACCACAACCUUUGGCAGGCAUCCCCCCUGCCUCUGACCAAUAAAGAUGCUAGGCACAA